AUGAGUGGGGAAAAUGUUACGUGUGCGCCGUUUACGAGGGCUGUGGUGAGGGCUAUGAAGAAACUCUACCCGCAAGCCCUCGCAGACAGUUCGUGGGACAACACGGGCUUACUCCUAGAAGCGCCAUUUACCCCCUCGCGUCGCCAAUCCAACACGGUUCUCCUCACAAUCGACCUCACCAAGGCCGUCGCCGACGAAGCCAUUGCCCUCAACUCGUCCAUCAUCGUCGCCUACCACCCCAUCAUAUUCAAGGGUCUGAAAUCCCUCACCCUCGCAAACACACAGCAGCAAUCCCUGCUACGUCUCGCCAGCCACGGCAUCAGCGUCUACUGUCCGCACACAGCCGUCGACUCUGCCCCAGGCGGACUAGGAGACUGGCUCGCCGACAUCGUAACAGGCACACCCACCAGCUCCAGCAAUGCCGACAAGGAAGCAGAGGACAGGCUAUCGAGACUACUGAAGGAAGGCGACAACGACCCGUUUGUAGAAAAACGCCCAACAUACACCCUCACGCACCACCCCUCGCAACUCAAUCUGCGCACCAUCAAAACCCCCUCCCCAACAGCACACAAGCGCCGCCCCGUCGUUCCGCACUCCCCAGCCCUAGAAUCUCACCCCGGCGCGGGCAUGGGCCGCAUCGUGACGUUCGACCAGCCGCAGCCGCUGCCCUCGCUGUUGGACCGCAUAGGCAAGGGUCUGAAUAACCCGAAGGGCUUCCCCAUUGCCAUUCCGCAGAACGCUACCGUCGCCGACAUCAGUAUUCGCAGUGUGGGCAUAUGCGCUGGCGCGGGGGGCACGUUGCUCAGCGGUUUGGAUGUCGAUUUGCUGUUUACGGGGGAGAUGAGCCAUCAUGAGGCGCUGGCGGCGAUCGAGAAGGGACAAGUUGUGAUCAGUCUGUUUCAUAGUAAUAGCGAGAGGGGGUUUCUGGAUGCGGUCUUGAGGGGCCAGUUGGAGGGGCAAGUGGAGACGGAGUGGGAUGCGGUUAGGGAGGAGAGUGGGGAUGAUGAGGGACUGCGCGAGGCGCUUGAGGAUGAGGAGAUUGAGGUUGUGGUUAGUGAGGUGGAUCGAGAUCCGUAUGGGAUUGUGGUGCUCAAUGGUGGGGAUGCGUAG